CACCAAACAAUCACCCCAUCGCCGAACAUAGAGGCGAAGACGCAAGAAAGCGAACAAAGCCAUUGAUUCGACAUUGGCUAGCUUCCUCCAGCUCCUGCCCGCCUUGCCUCCCUUCGAUCCUCACUAGCAUCUACGAUGGCAGAUUCAAUCCCGGAAAAGAAGGAAACGAAGAAGCUCGAUCUCAUCACUCGCGGAGACCACGGCAGCACACCCUUAGGUUCCGCCCUCUUCGUUGGCCUUCGCGCCCUCGACCCUUUGCUCCAAUACCAGAUCCUUGCAAACGGACUCGGCACAUCCCUCUUGCAUCGAAUAGGCCUCUCUACUCUUCCUCUAGGUGUCCCGGUUCAAACGGGAAUUGCGCUUGUCGAUGGGCUAGGACUCUCACCAUACCGUCUAUUCUUAUUUGGAAUGGCAGUUGGGAGCAUGUUGAAGCAGAACAUAUGGCUGCUUUCCAUCUCGAACGACCCUAUGCCCGUACCGGCCUCCCUCGCCAUCUCCUGCUACAAUACUUUCCUCAACAGCCUGAAUAGUUAUCUAUUCCUCUGCACCGCUACAUCUGCCUCUCUCUCGGGCAAUGCGAGGUUCCCUCAACUCCCGCUGAUUAUUGGUGGAACACUGUAUGUCGUCGGCAUUUUGACCGAGCUUGUCGCAGAGAUUCAACGCGCAGCAUUCAAACGGGAUCCAAGGAACAAGGGAAGGGCAUACACAGGUGGACUGUGGCAAGUAGCACGGCACAUCAACUACACGGGUUACUCGCUCUGGCGGGCCGGCUACGCCAUGGCCGGCGGUGGAUUCACGUUCGGCGCGCUUGUGGCGUCUUUCUUGGUGUUUGAUUUCACGACAAGGGCCGUUCCAAACGUAGAUGAAUAUUGCACAAAACGAUAUGGCCAAGAUUGGGUGGAUUUCAAGAUCAAGGUUCUGUACAAGAUGUUGCCUGGUCUCUACUAGGUAGGACUGCUGCAGCUUUCCUUUGGUAUGAGAGCCGCUUUUCAAUAAAAGUUACUUUUGGAACGAUGAGAAUUAUUCAUACAUUUACUCACUCUGUCGUGUGUGCUCUCAAAGGUUACUUAGUGUCACAAGGCGUGUAAAGCGUCCAGCUGCCAUAUGAAUAGAUGCCAGAGGUUUCGACGAAGGAUAUCAAGCGUUCCAGCCGCG